CAAAAUAUCAGCAUCCAACACCAACAGUCUUCUUCAUGGGGUUUCACGUGUGUUCCCAAGCGCUCUCCUCCGCUCCCAUUCAUCAUCAAUUCCGAUACAUACACUCAAUUUCACGAGGGGUUCGUCGAGCUGGGGUUUCCAAUCUGAGAGCAAUGCAGCAAGAAGAGGAGCUAAAGCCGCCUGGUAGAGUUCGAGUUCCUCAUGUCCUGACUGUUGCUGGCUCCGAUUCCGGCGCCGGCGCUGGCAUACAAGCGGACAUGAAGGCUUGCGCCGCGCGCGGGGUUUAUUGCUCAACUGUUGUCACCGCCGUUACUGCGCAGAACACUGUCGGAGUUCAGGGAGUGAAUAUUGUUACGGAGGAAUUUGUUAGAGAGCAAUUGAAGUCGGUGCUGUCAGAUAUGCGUCCUGAUGUUGUGAAAACAGGUAUGCUGCCUUCACCUGGUAUAGUCAAGGUCCUCUGUCAGAGCCUAAAGGAGUUCCAAGUUGGAGCUUUGGUGGUUGAUCCUGUCAUGGUAUCUACAAGUGGUGAUGUAUUGGCUGGUUCCUCGGUGCUGGCUAGCUUUAGGGAGGAGCUUCUUCCUCUGGCAGAUAUAGUAACUCCUAAUCUAAGAGAGGCAUCUGCUUUACUCGGUGGUGCACCAUUGGAAACAGUUGCUGAUAUGCAUUCUGCUGCGAAGUCUAUACAUAAUAUUGGCCCUCGGAAUGUACUCGUGAAAGGAGGUGACCUUCCCUCAUCCUCUGAUGCUGUUGAUGUUCUAUUUGAUGGUAAGGAGUUCUAUGAGUUUCGCUCAACGCGGGUAAACACUUCGAAUACCCAUGGGACUGGCUGUACCUUGGCAUCCUCUAUAGCUGCUGAACUAGCUAGAGGUUCUUCUGUGCUCUCUGCUAUUAAGAUAGCAAAGCACUAUGUUGAGUCAGCGUUGGACUAUAGUAAGGACAUUCUCAUUGGAGGAGGACAUCAAGGUCCCUUUGACCAUUUGAUGAAGCUGAAGAACAGUGCCCCCGAUCUAUGUGCGCGCCGACUGUUUAGUCCGAACGAUCUUCUCUUGUAUGCCGUCACAGACUCAAGGAUGAAUAAAAAGUGGGGCCGUUCCAUGAGGGAUGCUGUCAAAUCUGCCAUAGAAGGAGGAGCAACUAUAGUUCAGCUGAGAGAAAAGGAUGCUGACACCCGGGAUUUUCUGGAAGCAGCCAAAACAUGUGUGGAAAUAUGCCGCAGCCAUGGUGUACCUUUGCUGAUUAAUGACAGAAUCGAUAUUGCUCUUGCUUGUGAUGCCGAUGGAGUUCACGUUGGCCAGUCCGACAUGCCCGCUCGUGUUGCCCGGACUAUCCUCGGUCCCGACAAAAUCAUCGGUGUAUCUUGCAAAACACCAGAACAAGCCGAGAAAGCAUGGAUUGAUGGGGCCGAUUACAUUGGCUGCGGUGGUGUCUAUCCAACAAAUACAAAAGAAAACAAUCUCACCGUGGGCUUGGACGGGCUGAAAACUGUAUGUUUGGAAUCCAAGUUGCCUGUGGUUGCCAUUGGCGGCUUUGGCAUUUCAAAUGUAAGACCCGUUAUGGAAUUAGGUGUUCCAAAUCUGAAAGGAGUUGCAGUCGUAUCUGCUCUCUUUGACAGGGAAUCCGUUUCGACUGAGACCCAAAAUUUGCUGAAAGUGAUCAUCGGCUCUACCUAGGCAGGGAAUUGAGAGCCUCUUCUCUCUUGACACUGCCACUGUCAUUUCUCAAUCCAACUGAUAUGCAGGUGAACGAAUUGAACAACUGAGUGGUGUCAAAUUGAUUGUAUCAAAAUGAAUCGAAUAAACAUUAUAGCAUUUAUGUGGCUCCGUUGAUCAAUGAUACACUAACUUCACAAAUUAGAUUUCCUUUCCUGGACCUGUCAUCUUUCUUGAUGAUUCAAUCUUUUUAAUAUAUGUUCUCAAACUUUAGUUGAUCA